UGGGCGUGUCCAUUUUAUACUCCUGCUGCCUAGACCGGAGCAGCCGUCUAUUAGCAGCAACGACACCACGACGGACUGCAACAUCUGCUGCCAAGAACACGUUUUUUAACAGUCAUUCGCUGGAUAUAGAAGUCACCACGGCCUCGAGACCAACAAUGCCUCCUCCCAUGCGUCACCGGUCGAUGCGCGUCUUCAUGAACGACGACCGACACGUCAUGGCCAAACACUCUGUGAUCUACCCGACGCAGGAGGAGCUGGAGAGCGUUCAGAACAUGGUCUCCCACACAGAGCGCGCACUCAAGGCCGUCUCUGACUGGCUGGAUAAGCAGGAGAAGGGAACGUCCAAGUCUGACUCUGACAUCGUAGAAACUGAUAAAGAAAGUGAGCACAGAGAUCAGGCGACCCGCUCUCUGCGUGGUGUGAUGAGAGUCGGCCUGGUGGCUAAAGGCCUGCUUCUGAAGGGGGACCUGGACCUGGAGCUGGUGCUGCUCUGUAAGGAGAAGCCCACCAUCAUGCUGCUGAAGAAAGUCUCUGAAAACCUCCUCGCACAGCUCAAGGUGAUCACAGAAGACAAGUACAUGAUGACUCAGCACAUCCGUGACGCCAGCAUCGUUGUCAAGAACACGAAGGAGCCCCCCCUCACCCUCACCAUCCAUCUGACCUCCCCUCUGGUCCGCGAGGAGAUCGAGAAGGGGACCACCGGAGAAUCGCUUUCAGUCAACGAUCCCCCGGAUGUUCUGGACAGGCAGAAAUGCCUAACUGCCUUGGCGUCUCUCCGCCACGCUAAGUGGUUCCAGGCCAGAGCUAACGGGCUACGCUCCUGCGUCAUCGUCAUCCGGACCCUCAGGGACCUCUGCGCUCGAGUUCCCACAUGGGCCCCGCUCCGUGGCUGGCCACUGGAGCUGAUCUGUGAGAAAGCUAUUGGCACCGGGAACCGACCCAUGGGGGCAGGAGAAGCUCUGCGGAGAGUUUUAGAGUGUCUGGCUUCAGGAAUCCUCAUGUCAGAAGGCGCUGGAAUCUCUGAUCCAUGUGAGAAAGAACCCACAGACGCUAUCGGCCACUUGGACCGGCAGCAGAGAGAGGACAUCACAGCGAGCGCGCAACAUGCCUUAAGGCUGUCAGCUUUUGGACAGCUUCACAAAGUGCUUGGUAUGGACCCCCUCCCCUCAAAGAUGCCCAAGAAACCCCGUAGUGAGACUCCCAUUGAUUACACAGGUGGCUUCGGAUCAUACGGUUACGGGAACAAUGCCAACUCCGGAUACAAUUACUACAACAACAACAACAACAACGGUGGCACUAAUGGAGGAGAUACAUCGGACAGCCCCUCCUCCGGGGGUCCUCAGGGAAGCAGCCCCCCCGCUCAGAGCUCCUACGGUUCAUACUACCAGAACGAUGGAGCUUACACUGCCUCGCCUGCCACCAAAGCCCCCAAAAAGAAGCCCCCCAUGCACAAGGCAGGGAAAGCGGCGUUCUCAGGUCCUCCGGGGGCCAACAGUGAGGUUUACCAGCAGGCCAGCAGCCCCCCAGGACAGGGAGCCUAUAACCAGUACAGCCAGGGCUAUGGGCAGGGGAAGAAGAGCUUCAACCAGAGCCAGGGGGGGGCGGGCGGGUACUCGUACAGCACGGCGUAUCCCAGCCAGGUGACGGGGGGGGCCGGCAGUCAAGACUACAUCUAUGAAGAUUUCAACAGCUCGUCCAGUUACAACUCACAGAGUGGAGGGGGAGGCGCCAACAACAACACCCAGGGCUUCGGCACCAACCACUCCCAGUACAACAACCCAGUGGGCUACGGCCGGGGCGACAGCAGCAUGAACUACCAGUACAGAUAAACUGUGUCCCCCCCCCCCCUCUGAGAAGCAUCAGGUUCUCCAAAGAACGUCUUCGACUGCUUUACUCUGCCUUCUCCGUGUCUGCUUCUAACGUGCUUUUGGGUUUAAAUGUAGGACAUGUGGGCACAAGCUGAGGUGCGUGGACCGUGGAAGAGUCGGAGUUUCUGUUUCUGUGGUCUGGUCAGUGUUGUGUUUUUAGGUUAUUCUCUUAUUUUAUUUUUUCAAAAGUCAUACUGCCACUCAUCAGUGAAUAAGAAGGUUGAUACGACAAAGUACUCUGACUCGUUUUCCUUUCUGAAGAUUUGUGUGGCUUUUUAUUUCCCCUCAUGUGAAACUAUCUUGCAGUUUUUAAAACUACAAAGGUUGUUGUAUUUUUUUGUAACUAUUCAAUAGCAUUGCUUGUAAUUUCGGCUUAUUUUGUAAUUUACCUAACGUGAUGUAGUUAUUUUAUUGAAUGGUUUUGAGGUUACUGGAAGAUACCCGUACGUUCUGAUGUUCAGUCCACGUUUCUGCUCAAUGUGGCUUUUUCAUUGGGUGAGAUUUGGUCCUGUUAAUGUAUAACAAAGUGUGUUUGUAUUAAUAAAUGAUUUUUAUUUUGAAAA